AUGAGUCGGUUCCCACAAAAUAAUAAUCCUCCGUUUAAUCCUAAUGGAAAAAUACAAAAUAUAAAUUUUAUUCCUGUUACAAAUGGACAAAGAGUUCCACAUAUAGUUACUGGAGUAACUCAAGGUGGUUCUGUUAGUUAUCCAUCAAAUUUUCCAAUGGUUGUAAGUACUGGAAUGGCACCAAUGGCUACCCCAAAUCUUGGCCAAGGUCAUAUACCAACUACCUCACAAUUAAGAACUGUAAAUCUUCAACCCAUACCUUUAGGUAAUAAUUUUGCUAUUCCAAUCCAAACAAAUUUGCACGUCCCAACAAAUGUUAAACGUGCCCAACAAAUAGGGGCAUUACAUCUUUCACAAAUAAAUCAGCAAGCUCAGGUUAUUCAACAAAUGAACGCAAGACCACAAUUUACUGUGGCUCAAGGUUUAGAUAUAACAAGACAAAAUAUGGUUUCUCAACAACAAAAUAUUGGACUACGUGGUCAUGGUGGAAUUGCAAUACGUCCAGUACCACAACCUAUGUCCCGUGGACAAGUAAUGCAAGCACGUGGAAUGACACCUUCAAUAGUUGGUAAUCCUCAGUUUGGUAUGGCACGAACUCCAAUAAUGAGGACAAAUUAUGCAAGACCAAUUCCAACAGGAAUACGUUUAUCACAACAAGCAUCUGUAAGAGCAAUAGGAGUUCAACAGCCAACAAUAAAAAUUGAACAACCUCAAAUGUUUGGAAAAAUAAUUAGCAAACAACAACAGCCAAUAGAAAGUCGUGCACCUCAAAUUAUUAAUGAAGAAAAAAAACCUCAAAUUCCUUCAUCUGUACAAAAUAAAUUUAUUCAUCAAAAAAUUAUAAAACAAGGCCCAAUUGAAGACCUUCCUCCUUCUCCUUUACCUACACAAUCUCCUUCUAUUAUUCCUCAACACAUACAACAACCAAUUACUGCUAAACCAUCAUUAAUGGAAACAACUCCAAGUCCUCAUAUUCGUGUAGUUGAACCAAUAAAACAAAUUAAUGUAAACAUACCAACUGUAAAUCAGGUUGCACCAACUCCACGACCUAUGAGUACUACUCAACACUCUGUUGUUUCCACACCAAUACCAGUACCUGGAAUUGAUUUACGUCUUGAGAAUUUUCAACAAAAUUUUAUUAAAGAAGUUCAAUCUAAAACAACCAAUUCUGUUUCUAUUGUACCAAGAAAGAAAUCAGAAAAUCAUUCAGAAGAACUAAAUCAACAAAAAAGAGAAAUCUUUAAAGAAGAAGUAGAAAAAUCAAUAGACACAACACCUAUUCCACCUAUUCCAAAUUCAUAUCCAAAAUUUGAUGAAUUCUUUACACAACUUCAUUUAUAUUGUUUAAAAAAUCCAUUUUUCUAUUAUGAAAUAGACAAUGAAUAUUUAUAUGUAAAGACUAGAUUAAAUGAUGAAAUAGAAAGUUUACAAUAUGGAUUUGAAUUUUUUAUUAAUGAAGCUAGUCAUCAAACAUUUCCAAUAACUAAGAAAUUAAAUGGAGAACCUAUUGAUUUAAUGGACUAUGGAAAAGAUGGAACUCUUCCACAAACAGUAAAUGAAUUAAUGAAUGGAUUAUUUAAAGUAAUGAGAGAAGAAUUAAUGAGUUAA